UGUUCAAUUAAGCAAAAAGCCUCUUUGUUUCACCCUUUGCUCCACAAAUCUAUUUACCAAGGUCACUGAUCCUUUUCUCCACCAUACAAAUGGAUCUCUCUCUUUUCCUUACCAUCGUUGCUGCUGCAAUAGGCUUCUUCUUGAUUUUUCGAAAACUCAGAUCCCAUCAAGAAAACAAAGAAUUCGAUUCGACUUCGUCUCCAUCAUCACCACCAUCUUCUUUGUCUUCGUCUACAUCAUCACCACCAUCUACUUUAUCUAUUUCAUCAGCUUCUCCAUCUUCUUCCUCUCACGUCUGGAUAAACGAUGUCUUUCCGAGCUUCCGUGGAGAAGAUGUCCGCGAUAACUUUCUUAGUCACAUUAAAAAGGAGUUUGAAAGAAAGACAAUCACAUUUUUCAACGAUAACGGGAUCAAGAGAGGAGAAUCCAUCGGUCCCGAACUAAUACAGGGGAUUAGAGGAUCUAAGAUCGCGGUCGUCUUGCUCUCCACCAACUACGCUUCUUCAAAGUGGUGUCUUGAGGAGUUGGUGGAGAUUAUGAAGUGCAGGGAGGAGCUGGGUCAAACUGUGAUUGCUAUUUUCUAUAAAGUUGAUCCAUCUCAUGUAAAGAAGCUGACCGGUGAUUUUGGGAAGGUUUUCAGAAAUACUUGUAAGGGUCAAGCUAAGGAGGACAUUUGGAGAUGGAAACAAGCUUUGGAGAAAGUCGCCACAAUAGUUGGUUACCAUUCAAGCAACUGGGAUAAUGAAGCAUCCAUGGUUGAAGGAAUUGCCACUAACGUUUUGAAUGAGCUAAUUCAUUCUGUGCCAUCAAGUGAUUUCGAAGGUAUUGUUGGGAUGCGAGGUCUUAUGGAAAAACUGAAACUGUUUAUACUCUCAGGCUCCGAUGAAGUGAGGAUGUUAGGGAUUGUGGGUCCAUCUGGAAUUGGUAAGAGUACCAUCGCCAGAUUUCUAUUUAGCCAAUACUCUCAUGAGUUCCCGUUUAGUGUCUUCAUGAAGAAUAUCAAAAGACACUAUCCAAUGCUUUGGCAUGAUGAGUAUAACGAGAAACUGGAAUUACAGGAAGAGUUCUUAUCUAAAAUAGUCAACCAUGAGAAUAUCAGUAUUCAUAACUUGGAAGUUGCACAACACAGGUUAAAAGAUAGGAAACUGUUUAUCGUUCUCGAUGAUGUGGACAAGUUGGCGCAACUAGAUGCCGUGGCGAAAGAAACUUGUAUGUUUGGUCCUGGAAGUGUGAUUAUCAUUACAACGCAAGAUAAAAAGCUUUUGAAUGCUCACGGGGUGAAACAUAUUUACAAGGUGGAAUUUCCACUUGAAGAUGAGGCUCUUGAAAUCUUCUGCAUAUAUGCUUUUGGUCAAAAGUUCCCAUAUGAGGGCUUCGAGAAGCUUGCUUCGGAAGUUACACAACUUGCUGGCAAACUCCCUUUGGGACUAAAGAUUAUGGGAUAUUAUUUGAAGGGAAUGACCAAGGAGGAAUGGGAACAAGAACUACCACGGUUAAGGACAAGCCUUGAUGAAGAAAUCGAAAGCACUUUGAAGUUCGGUUAUGAUGCAUUAGGCAAGGAAGAUAAAGAUUUAUUUCUUUAUAUAGCUUGCUUCUUCAACUAUGAACGGAUUGAAAAAGUGGAAGAGCAUCUUAAAAGAAAUUUCUCAAAUGUGAAACAAGGUCUUCGCGUCUUAACUGAUAAAUCUCUCAUAUCCAUCCGUUGGGGACGUAUAGAAAUGCAUGAUUUGCUAGCACGUUUUGGUAGAGAAAUUGUUCGUAGACAAUCCAUUCAAGAUCCUGCACAGCGUCAGUUUUUGGUUGAUAAUAAAGACAUAUGUCAAGUACUGGAUAACGAUUCCAUAGGUAGUAAAAGUGUUAUAGGCAUAAGUUUCAGGUAUUCUGAGAUCCAUGAUGAGUUAAAUAUAAGUGAGAGACACGAUAGCGCCUUUGAAAAAUUUUCUAGUCUCCAAUUCCUAAGUGCCUACAGAAACAGAAACAGAGAUGACGAUAUACCUAAAAACGCCAUACAGAAAAGUCUAAACAGUCUACCUGGAAAGGUUAGAUUACUCCAUUGGGAAGAUUUUCCGAUGACAUGUAUGCCUUCUAAUUUUAAUCCAGAGUUCCUGGUCGAGCUAAAUAUGCCUUACAGCAAGCUUGAGAAUUUGUGGGACGGAGUUAAAACGAUUAGAUAUCUCAAGUGGAUGCGUUUGGAUUAUUCCACAAACCUGAAGGAGCUUCCUGAUCUUUCAACUGCCACUAGUCUCCUAGUAUUAAGCACCUCUGCUUGCUCUAGUCUAGUAAAGCUUCCGUUUUCUAUUGGAAGUGCUAUCAAUCUCUUGGAACUGGAUUGCAGUGAUUGCUCGAGCUUGGUGGAGCUUCCAACUUCUCUUGAAAAUGCUACUAAUCUCCAGAUAUUGGAUCUUAGACGUUGCUUAAACCUGGUAAAGUUCCCCUCUCUUGGUAAUGCCACUAAACUUGAGAAACUAAAUCUCAGUGGAUGUUUAAAUCUAGCUGGACUCCCGUCCUCUCUUGGUAAUGCUACUAAUCUCGGGGAUUUGAAAUUUGAGAAUUGCUCCAGCUUAAUGGAGCUUCCUUUUUCUGUAAUAGAUACAUCUACUCUCCACCGAAAUAUUUUUAGUGGUUGUUCAAGUCUUGUGGCGCUCCCUUUUUUCAUUGGAAAUGCUACUACUCUCGUGGAAUUUAAUCUCAAGGGAUGCUCAAGUCUAGGGGAACUCCCUUCCUCCAUUGGUGAUCUCACUAACCUUAAAUGGUUGUAUCUCAAUGAAUGCUCCAGCCUUGUGGAACUACCCUCCUCUAUUGGUAAUCUCACUAAUCUUGCCAAUUUUUACCUCAAUGGAUGCUCAAGUCUAGUGGAACUCCCCUCCUCUAUUGGUAAUCUUACCAAUCUUAAGACCAUGUAUCUCAGUGAAUGCUCAAGUCUAGUGAAACUCCCCUCCUCUAUUAGCGAUCUAACUAAUCUUGAGAAGCUGUAUCUCAAUGGAUGCUCAAGUUUAGUAGAGCUACCCCUUUCUAUUGGAAAUAUCACUAGUCUCGAAACAUUGGAUCUUCGUGGAUGCUUAAGUUUGUUGGAGCUUCCCUCUUCUAUGGAAAACCUUCAUUAUUUGGUGUUCUUGCGUUUGUCAAAUUGCUCAAGCCUAGUGGAGGUUCCAUCUUUUCUUGGUAAUCUUACAUAUUUGAAGAAUUUAGAACUCAUGAAUUGCUCAAGUUUGGUGAAGCUUCCCUCUUUUGUUAAUAAUCACUUCGGUCGGACGGAGUUGGAUUAUGGUGGUUGCUCAAGUCUGGUGGAGUUCCCUUCAUCUAUUUGGAAUGCUACAAAGAUGGAGCGUUUGAAUCUGAGUGGUUGUUCAAGUCUAGUGGAGCUCCCCUCUUUUACUGGGAAUGAUAUUAGGCUUAAGCGACUGAAUCUUAGUGGUUGUUCAAGUCUAGUGGAGCUCCCAUCUUCUAUUGGGAAUGCUAUUUAUCUCAAGGAAUUGAAUCUCAGUGGUUGCUCAAGUCUGUUGGAACUUUCAUCGUCUAUCGGCAAUGCUAUUAAUCUGUAUGACUUGAAUCUUAGUGGUUGCUCGAGUUUAGUGGAGCUGCCUUUUUCUAUUGGAAAUAUCACUAGACUCGGUAAAUUGGAUUUGAGUGGAUGCUCAAGUCUGCUGGAGAUACCCUCUUCUAUUGGAAACCUUGCUCAUUUGUAUGCUUUGAGUUUGAAAGGUUGCACAAAAAUAGAGACCCUUCCGGUUAACAUCUCUGUCUAUGAACUUGAUCUCACUGAUUGCUUCUUGUUGAAAAAAUUUCCUAAUGUUUCAUCAAAGAUCAGUGUUCUCAAGCUUACCGGAACCGCAAUAGAAGAAAUCCCUUCAUCAAUCACGUCAUGUCUUUAUCUUGACUUGCAUAUCUCAUACUGGGAAAACCUCAAAGGAUUCCCGCAUGCUUUUGGCUGCAUCAAAGAGAUGCACGUGAGCGAUACAAGAACACAAGAAAUUUCUCCAUGUGUCAUGGAAAUGUAUCGUCUAGAAAAACUUGUGGUCAAGGGAUGCACAAAACUGGUUUCACUCCCAGAGCUUCCGAGUUCCUUAGAUUUCCUAGAUGCACAGAACUGUGAGUCCCUAGAGAGACUGCAUUGCUCUUUUGGAAGAACAAAGCUCCUCAACUUUGCUAACUGCUUCAGUCUGAAUCAAGAAGCAAGAGACCUCAUCAUCAAGACAUCGAGCUAUGAAAGUGCAAUCUUACCCGGAGAAGAAGUGCCUGCCUACUUCACGUACCGCGCCACAGGGAACUCCGUGUCAAUGGAGUUGAAUGGAUUUGAUACGCGUUUUGAUACAGACUUUAAGGCCUGUGUCUUGCUUGUUGAUAAGGGUUGUACUGAGGUUGGCGACUGGAACAAGUUGGAAGUAUCUCAUUGCAUGACAGGAAAACAGAAUGGUUUCAGUGCUAAGUGUAGAUCAGAAAACAUCAACCCAUCGCCACGUUUGAAGAAGCACCUCUACGUACUCGAAUUUUUACAAGCGGUUAGUUCCAGCGAGUUAGUCUUUGAGUUCCAAGUCAACGAUGACAAAUGGGAUAUAGUAGAAUGCGGGAUACGCCUUGAUGACUGAGGAAAAAGUGUUCAUCUAUUUGCAUCCGUAAAGCUAAGAAGCUACACUGAUAAAAGUGUCUUCAUGCACUCGCCUACGUGCACCACAAGACACCCUUUUGGUGCUUACCUAAGGAGCAGAAAGUUCUCACAAAAUCCAUUGUUUUGUUAAAAUGUUCGAUACGUGGACCUGGAGAUUUCAGAUUCUGGACUGUUUGUAGUUGAUGAUGUUAAAGGGUUAGCUGAAAUCUAUCCCAAGUCAAUUUUUUUUUUUUAAACAUUUUUGUGGAAUUUGGAAACUCAUGAAUUCUGAUGUAGCGACAUUGAUUUCAGUCACUUACUUCCUUGAACUUU